AUGUUUCCAACAGUAAUACUGCUCAUCUUCUGCAGUUUUCUGCAAUCUGCUGCUUUUGAAGGAAAUUAUUGGUCCCACUUUUUUCUCCAAAAACAGAAAGAAUCUCUGCAAAGAAUUUUGAGCAAGGAGUCCUGUUCUACCUGGGGUGGAGGGCAUUUUUCAACCUUUGAUAAAUAUCAGUAUGACUUCACUGGGACCUGCAACUAUAUCUUUGCAACUGUAUGUGAUGAAACCAGCCCAGACUUCAACAUUCAGUUCCGCCGUGGGCUGGACAAAAAAAUUGCGAGGAUCAUUAUUGAGCUGGGACCUUCUGUUGUCAUUGUUGAGAAAGGCAGCAUUUCUGUCAGGAGUGUUGGUGUCAUUAAGUUGCCUUACACCAGUAAUGGAAUUCAAAUAGCACCUUAUGGACGCAGCAUCCGUCUGGUGGCCAAGCUGAUGGAGAUGGAGCUAGUUGUCAUGUGGAACAAUGAUGACUAUCUUAUGGUUUUGACUGAAAAAAAAUAUAUGGGGAAAACCUGUGGAAUGUGUGGAAAUUAUGAUGGUUAUGAAUUGAAUGAAUUUGUGAGUGAAGGUAAAUUGCUGGAUACAUACAAAUUUGCUGCAUUACAAAAAAUGGAUGACCCAUCAGAGAUCUGCCUGUCUGAGGAGAUAUCAAUUUCCACCUUUCCUCACAAAAAAUACGCCAUGAUCUGCUCUCAGCUGCUUAACUUGGUGUCACCAACCUGCAGCGUACCAAAGGACGGGUUUGUCAUUCGUUGCCAGCUUGACAUGCAGGACUGCAGUGAGCCUGGACAAAACAAUUGCACUUGCUCUACACUGUCAGAGUAUUCAAGGCAAUGUGCUAUGUCUCAUCAAACGGUGCUCAGCUGGAGAACUGAAAACUUCUGCUCUGUGGGAAAAUGUUCUGCUAACCAAAUCUAUGAGGAAUGUGGUUCUCCAUGUAUUAAAACCUGUUCCAACCCAGAGUACAGCUGUUCCAGUCACUGUACCUAUGGUUGCUUUUGUCCAGAAGGAACUGUUCUUGAUGACAUCUCAAAAAAUCAAACAUGUGUUCACAUUAAGCAGUGUCCAUGUGCACUGAAUGGGAAAACAUAUGCUCCUGGUGAGACAAUGAAAGCAGCAUGCAGGACCUGUAAAUGUACGAUGGGUCAAUGGAACUGCAAAGACUUGCCCUGCCCUGGAAGGUGUUCACUGGAAGGAGGCUCCUUUGUUACCACAUUUGAUUCUAGAUCAUACAGGUUCCACGGGGUUUGCACUUACGUUCUUAUGAAGAGUUCCAGCCUGCCACACAACGGAACCCUAAUGGCUGUAUAUGAAAGGUCUGGUUAUUCUCAUUCUGAGACAUCACUUAGUGCUGUAAUUUACCUGUCUACAAAGGACAAAAUUGUGAUUUCUCAGAAUGAACUCCUUACUGAUGAUGAUGAACUUAAGCGGCUACCUUACAGAUCAGGAGAUAUCACUAUUUUCAGACAAUCCUCAAUAUACAUUCAAAUGUAUACAACCUUUGGGCUGGAACUUGUGGUUCAGACAUCACCUGUGUUCCAGGCCUAUGUGAAAGUUGGAUCACAAUUCAAAGGCAGAACCCUAGGUUUGUGUGGCAAUUACAAUGGAGACACUACAGAUGACUUCUUGACUAGCAUGGAUAUCACUGAAGGGACAGCCUCCCUGUUUGUAGAUUCCUGGAGGGCAGGAAAUUGCCAUCCUGCUUUAGAAAGAGAAACUGACCCUUGCGCUUUGAGUCAACUGAACAAAAUAUCUGCUGAGACUCAUUGCUCCAUUAUUACCAAGAAGGGUACAGUGUUCGAGAAAUGCCAUGCUGUGGUGAACCCUAUUCCUUUCUACAAGAGAUGUGUCUACCAAGCCUGUAAUUACGAAGAGACCUUUCCUUAUAUUUGUUCUGCUCUGGGAUCAUAUGCACGAACAUGCAGUUCAAUGGGUUUAAUCCUUGAGAACUGGAGAAACAGUAUGGACAAUUGUACCGUUACUUGUACUGGCAAUCAAACAUUCAGCUACAGCAGUCAGGCAUGUGACAGGACAUGCUUGUCACUCUCCAACCGAGCCCUGGAAUGUCAUCCAACUGACAUCCCUACUGAAGGCUGCAAUUGUCCUAAAGGAACGUAUUUGAACCACAAGAAUGAGUGUGUUCGUAAAUCAUAUUGUCCCUGCUAUUUAGAAGAUAGAAAGUACAUCUUGCCUGACCAGUCAAUAAUAACUGGCGGGAUUACCUGCUACUGCGUUAAUGGGAGGCUAAGUUGCACAGGCAAACCUCAAAAUCCUGCAGAAAGCUGCAAAGCUCCUAAGAAAUAUGUAUCAUGUUCUGACAGUUUAGAAAACAAGUAUGGAGCCGCAUGUGCCCGUACCUGUCAGAUGCUGGCUACUGGAAUUGAAUGUAUACCCACUAAGUGUGAAUCAGGCUGUGUCUGUGCUGAUGGGCUGUAUGAAAAUCUCGAUGGCAGGUGUGUUCCAGCUGAGGAAUGUCCAUGUGAAUAUGGUGGUCUUGCUUAUGGAAAAGGUGAACAGAUCCAAACUGAAUGUGAGAUGUGCACUUGCACAAAAGGCAAAUGGAAAUGUGUUCAGAAAUCAAAGUGUUCCUCAACGUGUAAUCUGUAUGGAGAAGGCCACAUCACCACUUUUGAUGGACAGCGUUUUGUGUUUGAUGGCAACUGUGAAUACAUACUAGCUAUGGAUGGCUGCAGUGUUAAUAGACCUGUUUCUUCUUUCAAAAUUGUUACUGAGAACGUCAUCUGUGGGAAAUCAGGGGUUACAUGCUCCAGAUCCAUCAGCAUUUACCUUGGGAAUUUGACAUUCAUACUGCGAGAUGAAACCUUCACUAUUUCUGGGGAAAAUCCUGGAGUACGAUAUAAUGUGAAAAAGAAUGCCCUUCACCUGAUGUUUGAUAUCAUUAUCCCAGGAAAAUACAACAUGACUCUUAUCUGGAAUAAGCACAUGAACUUCUUCAUCAAGAUCUCCAGAGAAACACAGGAAACUAUUUGCGGUUUGUGUGGGAACUAUAAUGGCAAUAUGAAGGAUGAUUUUGAAACUCGAAGCAAGUAUGUGGCAUCAAAUGAAUUUGAAUUUGUCAAUUCUUGGAAAGAGAAUCCUCUCUGUGGGGAUGUAUACUUUGUAGUGGACCCCUGUAGCAAGAACCCAUAUCGUAAAGCAUGGGCAGAAAAGACAUGUUCCAUCAUCAACAGCCAAGUCUUUUCUGCCUGUCACAAUAAGGUGAAUCGUAUGCCCUAUUAUGAGGCCUGCGUUCGAGACUCUUGUGGUUGUGACAUUGGAGGGGACUGUGAAUGCAUGUGUGAUGCCAUUGCAGUAUAUGCCAUGGCAUGCUUAGAUAAAGGUAUCUGCAUUGACUGGAGGACCCCUGAGUUCUGUCCUGUCUAUUGUGAGUAUUACAAUUCUCAUAAAAAAACAGGAAGUGAUGAUGCUUAUUCCUAUGGCUACAACAAUGACAACUGCACCUGGCAUUACAGGCCUUGUAAUUGUCCAAAUCAAAACUUCAAAUAUGUCAACAUUGAAGGUUGUUACAACUGUUCUCAUGAUGAAUACUUUGACCAUGAGAAGGAAAGAUGCAUGCCAUGUGUAACAACAGUGCAGCCUAAAGUAACAAGCAGCUCUAUGACAAGUACCCUGCCAACAAUACCUAGUAUUUCUUCUGCUGCUACUAUAUCAACUGGGACUACAAAUCCAACAGUAACCUCAAAAAUUACAGUUUCAGGAACAUCAGCAUCACCUCUUGUCACAAUAAAGUCAACAACUGAGAGUGAGGGAACCCGAGCAACCACUCUGCACCACCAAGUCCCAGUAGUUGUGACCCACAGAAGACCAACGAAGUCACACCUUGUGGAGCAUCUCAUCACACAGAAGACCACCACCACCACCUCCACCAAGAGCACCUCUGUCUCAAGAGAGGCCAGCCCUGCCAGCAGCCCAGAAAUCCCACUGAGAAGCAUGUCUCCAAGCCCCAGCUCUUUACCUACCACCUCAGGCUCAUCUGCUUCUUUCCCCUCCUCAACUUUGUCCUCGACACAGUUGAGACCAUCACAUCCUGCAAGGGAGCCAACCAGAGCUAAGACUCCACCUAGUAAAGUAGUAACAGCCUUCACCCACAAAAAGACAACUGUGCCACACAUUGUGCCGCCUCUCACCACCCAGAAGACCACCGCCGCCACCUCCACCAGCAGCACCUCCAAGACCUCUGUCUCCAGAGAGGCCAGCCCUGCUAGCAGCACAGAAGUCCCUCUGACAAGGACGUCUCCAAGUCCCAGCUCUCACUCUCCACCUCCUCCCAGCAGCCCCCUCAGCACCAGGCUGCCAUCUGCCACCACUUCCACGCUCUUCUCCACAGCAGCCCCAACCACCAGCCCCAAGCCUACACCUACGACCCUAAGGCCCAAGCCCCUUUCCACAACAACGACCAAAACCAGCCCGCUGUCAUCGCCUGCUUCUUCUCCCUCCUCGACUGCGUCCUCAACAUGGCUGAGUUCUUCACACCCUGCCUUCACCCACAAAAAGACAACUGUGCCACACAUUGUGCCGCCUCUCACCACCCAGAAGACCACCGCCGCCACCUCCACCAGCAGCACCUCCAAGACCUCUGUCUCCAGAGAGGCCAGCCCUGCUAGCAGCACAGAAGUCCCUCUGACAAGGACGUCUCCAAGUCCCAGCUCUCACUCUCCACCUCCUCCCAGCAGCCCCCUCAGCACCAGGCUGCCAUCUGCCACCACUUCCACGCUCUUCUCCACAGCAGCCCCAACCACCAGCCCCAAGCCUACACCUACGACCCUAAGGCCCAAGCCCCUUUCCACAACAACGAGUGCUCCAAAAGAGUCACCUGCACCAGAGUCCUCUGCACCCUCCACAGCCAAAACCAGCCCGCUGUCAUCGCCUGCUUCUUCUCCCUCCUCGACUGCGUCCUCAACAUGGCUGAGUUCUUCACACCCUGCCUUCACCCACAAAAAGACAACUGUGCCACACAUUGUGCCGCCUCUCACCACCCAGAAGACCACCGCCGCCACCUCCACCAGCAGCACCUCCAAGACCUCUGUCUCCAGAGAGGCCAGCCCUGCUAGCAGCACAGAAGUCCCUCUGACAAGGACGUCUCCAAGUCCCAGCUCUCACUCUCCACCUCCUCCCAGCAGCCCCCUCAGCACCAGGCUGCCAUCUGCCACCACUUCCACGCUCUUCUCCACAGCAGCCCCAACCACCAGCCCCAAGCCUACACCUACGACCCUAAGGCCCAAGCCCCUUUCCACAACAACGAGUGCUCCAAAAGAGUCACCUGCACCAGAGUCCUCUGCACCCUCCACAGCCAAAACCAGCCCGCUGUCAUCGCCUGCUUCUUCUCCCUCCUCGACUGCGUCCUCAACAUGGCUGAGUUCUUCACACCCUGCCUUCACCCACAAAAAGACAACUGUGCCACACAUUGUGCCGCCUCUCACCACCCAGAAGACCACCGCCGCCACCUCCACCAGCAGCACCUCCAAGACCUCUGUCUCCAGAGAGGCCAGCCCUGCUAGCAGCACAGAAGUCCCUCUGACAAGGACGUCUCCAAGUCCCAGCUCUCACUCUCCACCUCCUCCCAGCAGCCCCCUCAGCACCAGGCUGCCAUCUGCCACCACUUCCACGCUCUUCUCCACAGCAGCCCCAACCACCAGCCCCAAGCCUACACCUACGACCCUAAGGCCCAAGCCCCUUUCCACAACAACGAGUGCUCCAAAAGAGUCACCUGCACCAGAGUCCUCUGCACCCUCCACAGCCAAAACCAGCCCGCUGUCAUCGCCUGCUUCUUCUCCCUCCUCGACUGCGUCCUCAACAUGGCUGAGUUCUUCACACCCUGCCUUCACCCACAAAAAGACAACUGUGCCACACAUUGUGCCGCCUCUCACCACCCAGAAGACCACCGCCGCCACCUCCACCAGCAGCACCUCCAAGACCUCUGUCUCCAGAGAGGCCAGCCCUGCUAGCAGCACAGAAGUCCCUCUGACAAGGACGUCUCCAAGUCCCAGCUCUCACUCUCCACCUCCUCCCAGCAGCCCCCUCAGCACCAGGCUGCCAUCUGCCACCACUUCCACGCUCUUCUCCACAGCAGCCCCAACCACCAGCCCCAAGCCUACACCUACGACCCUAAGGCCCAAGCCCCUUUCCACAACAACGAGUGCUCCAAAAGAGUCACCUGCACCAGAGUCCUCUGCACCCUCCACAGCCAAAACCAGCCCGCUGUCAUCGCCUGCUUCUUCUCCCUCCUCGACUGCGUCCUCAACAUGGCUGAGUUCUUCACACCCUGCCUUCACCCACAAAAAGACAACUGUGCCACACAUUGUGCCACCUCUCACCACCCAGAAGACCACCGCCGCCACCUCCACCAGCAGCACCUCCAAGACCUCUGUCUCCAGAGAGGCCAGCCCUGCUAGCAGCACAGAAGUCCCUCUGACAAGGACGUCUCCAAGUCCCAGCUCUCACUCUCCACCUCCUCCCAGCAGCCCCCUCAGCACCAGGCUGCCAUCUGCUACCACCUCCACAUUCUCUUCUCUUUUGGCUCCAACCGCCAGCACAGUGCCUACAUCUGUGCCCCUUGCUACUUCCACAUUUAAGUCUGCUGAGAGUACUACGAAUUUUUCGUCCCAAAACACCACAUUUACUCCACGUGGCAAAACAUCUUCCUUAUUAGUUCCUUCCACCAUCUCUGCCAAGUCCACUCCAGUUUUGAUCCCAACUGUUUUAUCUACAACAACUAUCGUUGCUCCCGGUGUUAUUACCUCUGCUUCUACAGAGUCAGUUGAAAGGACUUCUUUGCGAACAACAACAUUAACCACUACCCGCACUACAUCAUCUCCUCCUUUCACCUCUGGACUUUCAACAUCAUUUUCUUCUGUUGUACCAUUAACAGUGCAACAAGAGCAUUGUAGAGAACUCAACUAUGAAGAAAAAAUAACUUACAAAGGCUGUUCUACAAAUGUCACAUUAAGCCGAUGUGAAGGAUCAUGUCCGUCUUCAACAAGGUUGGAUGUUGAGAAGAUGAUGGUCAACACAGUAUGUGGCUGCUGUAGGCCACUCCAGCUUCAUAAGAAGGAAUUCCAACUACCAUGCCAAGACCCAGAUAACCCUGGAAAAAGGCUCAUUACAGAAGUAAUUGUAUUUAGUGGCUGUGUUUGUGACUUUGACAGUUGCAUACACUAGCCAGACCUCCAGAUGGCCUCAGAUACCUUUUUUUUUUUUUAAUUAAACACUGAUCACAAUUUAAUACUUCUGUAGUGACUGCUCAUUGCUGGGAGUGCUCUUCUAUUGAUUAUACAGGAUAGCCUUGCAGUGAGGCAUCCUGAGCAGCUA